AACUCAUGGCACAAGAAAAAAUUAGUUGUCCUGAGGGCCAAAAGUAAGGCGAGUACAAAAUAGGGGAAAUUUAGACUGGCAAGCCGGUGAGCUCGUAGUCAACCGGAACAAUUUCAACUUCCAUCAGACAGACAAAACAAACAGUUGGAGGGAGUAGGCCUAAUACAUUGAAUCAAUUGAUCACUCCCAAUCCUUUUCUCCACAAGCAUAUGGGGGUAGUAAUUGAGAGCAAUAUUUGGGAGCCAAAUCCAGUAUUCUAUUUAUUCAUAUUCAUAUCAUGCUGCUUCUCAAUCUUUUCUUUGCCAAGCAACUCCAACAAUACCAGAAUUUCUUCAGUAUUUGAUCAUGCCCUUCCUUCUUCCUUCAUUACUUCCCAAACAAGUUUCCUUUUCCUAUAUUCUCUUUCUUCGGUGAUGGAAGGCUUAUGGGGAGUAUUUGGAGAGUAUGGUAUGUUAUACAAUGAUAUUAGCAGGGAGCAGAUGAUUGUUUCUCUGUGUCUUGAAUAUGCAGCUGCUCUCUUUGUUGGUACAUUUCAAGGUGUGCUCUCUGAUUUGAUUGGCCAGAAAAAGGUCUGCUUGUUAUUUUGCUCGCUGCAUCUUUUUGUUGCCAUAUGGAGGAGGGUAACUGGAGAUCCACGUGUUUGGCUUGCUAGCAUCUGUCUCUCUCUUGCUUCUACGAUCUUCUUCUUCAACUUCGAAACAUGGAUGGUUGUUGAGCAUGAUAAGCUGGGACAGAGGCAAAAUUUGGUGAAUGACAAGUUUUGGUUAAUGACUUUUGCUGAAUCUGCAUCUUUCAUUGGAAGCCAAGUGCUUGGGAACUGCUUAAUUGGUGGUAAUGGAAAGAGAAGUUUGCUUUCUCCUUCCGGUGCGGUUUUGGUAAUGGCUAUUAUUGCUCUGGUUCACGUUAGCCAAGGCUGGAAGGAAGAUCCAAAAUCAACUAUUUUUAAGGAUUAUCAGACUAAAUUUCAUACAUAUAUAUUCAAGGAUAAAAGGAUAUGGCUUUUAUCAUGGGCGCAAGCUUCUGUCCACUUCUCCAUUGCUAUUUUUUGGAUCCUUUGGGCUCCAACCAUUGUGGGAGAUGGCAGAGAGGUUCUGUUAGGUUUAAUAUAUCCGUGCUUUCUCGAUGCUAAGAUGCUAGGAAGCACUGCGUUUCCGUGGUUCUUCAAUGGACCUUUAUCACUUCGAACAGAAGACUGCUUGGUGUAUGCUUUUGCUGUUAUGGGCUUAGUCAUUUCCGUCAUAGCAUAUGACUAUCAGGAAAUACAAGUUCUUGUGGUGCUAUUCUGCAUCUUUCAUGCUUGCAUGGGACUGGUUUUGCCUUCGCUCGCCAGAUUGAGAACCAUGUACGUACCUAACGAACUUCGCAGUGGAAUAAUGAGUUUAUCUCUCGCUCCUUCAAACACUAUUCUGUUAUUCUUUCUUGUGCAGAGGGGUUGGUACCGGAAUAUUGAAAAUUCAACCAUUAUAGCAACAGCUGCACUUGGUCUUUUUACUGCCGCUGGAUGCAUGUAUAUGUUGAAGCAGCUGGGAAAGCAACCACACCAGAAUUGGCACAAGUUGUGACCCCUUCAAUGUCUGAAGCUCUUCUAUUGGAAAUGAGUAAGCUCCUGAAUAUUGCAUGUUGACUCAAAGAACUUUUAAGCCUCACAACUUCACAAAGAAUACGGAGGGACAUCCUCUUUAAAUGGGAAAUCAAAGACUGAUGCAGCCAUUAACGAGGUGUUUGAAGGAGAUUCUCCAAUGGAGUUCAAUAAUCAAAUGGCCUGAGACACUAAAUCAUAUUUUGAGCUUCACUAUAUGACAAGGAGGGUAAUAUUAGAGGAAAAGAACUUACCUGUACCUGGUGUUCACUAUUGAGAAGCGUGAUAAGGCAUGGUGGUAUAAUUUGGGUUUGCAUUUCAUCCCUUGGAAAGUCUUGUUGAUCAGCAAACAGUUAUAGUGCCAAUCUUUUUUGGGAGAAACAUCAUCCUUCUUAUUUAGUUUUAUAUACUUUGGUUAAGAAGAGAAAUUAUAAUUUUAUGAAGGUUACGAUGAUUACUGAAUU